AUGAAGUUCUUUGGCGGCAGCAAAAAGCAAUCGUCCACCUCGACCUCGUCGUCAAGGAAGCAUACGCCUAGUUCUAGCGUUGACGACCGCGACUUUUUGCAGCACCAGACGCUCCCACACUCGGAGCCUGCGUCGCCCACAAAGAGCUCCUCUAACAAUAAGUCGCCGUCCAAAAGAAGCUCACGGCCCUUGUCGUACCGGGAACCCAAGGACCCUGCUGCUGAAAAGUCGUCGUCGUCUUCCUCUGCACCCCGCCAGGCGAGGCUUUCUCGACACUCUACAGAGCCGUUGGCUACUUCGUCCUCGCGGCGCAGCAAAUUUGACCCCGACACGCAUCCUCUGAAUUUACCACCUGAGGAGCGGCGUCGCUUGUCCAAGCUGUCCAAUUCCACCAUGAGCGAUCACAUGGACAUUGAUCGGGAGCCCGUCAACGGCGCCUCGUCGCCUGCCUCGCAGCCCCAGAGUAACCCUUCUGCCCAGGCGAACUUCUCGGUUCCUAUUCCAAAUGGAAACCAUCACAAUGAUGCUCCUGCCCCGCCACCACACAGAUCUAACCCUUCCAGUCCGGUACCGACGGCUCUAGACGACGCCGAAGCCUACAAGGCUGCGGGUAACAGGUUUUUCAAGGACAAGAAUUACACAAAGGCUAUUGAACAAUACUCCAAAGCUGUCGAUCUGUUCCCUGACUCACCAACUUACCUGAGCAACCGCGCCGCCGCUCGCAUGUCUAAUGGCCAGUAUGCGGCUGCCCUGGAAGACUGUAGUCGCGCUGCCGACCUCGACCCCCAAAACUCCAAGAUUUUGUUACGGCUUGCUCGUAUCUACACUUUUCUGGGUCGCCCCGAGGAGGCCAUGACAACCUUUGGUCGCAUCACGCCCGCGCCAUCCGCCAAGGACAUGGCUCCGACCAAGGAGAUGAUGUACCACAUUGACACCGCUAAGCACAUUCUAAAGCAAGGCACUGGUGUUACCAUGGCUCUUCAUGCCAUAGACCAGGCAGAGCGCGGGUUGGGAUCUGGUGUCCAGAAGCCUCGCAAGUGGCAGCUCCUACGCGGCGAUGCACAUUUGCUUGUUGGCCGUGAGAAUAAUUUGGGUGAAGCACAAGGCAUUGCAAUGGCUCUGUUAAGAAACAAUGCCCAAGACCCUGAGGCUCUUGUACUCCGCGGCCGAGUUUUCUACGGCCAGGGCGACAACACCAAGGCCAUUCAGUCGUUCCGUAUGGCCCUCACCUGCGACCCAGAUUAUCGUGAUGCCGUCAAGUGGCUCAAAACAGUGCAGAAACUAGACCGCAUGAAGGAGGAAGGCAAUGUCGAGUUCAAGGCUGGUCGAUUCCAAGCCGCCAUCGAAAAGUACAGCGAAGCUCUUCAGGUUGAUCCCAACAACCACAGCAUCAAUGCCAAGCUCCUCCAGAACCGCGCUCAGUGCAAGAUUAAACUCAAGCAAUACAACGAGGCAAUCAAAGAUGCCGAAAAGGCCGUCAGCCUUGACCCUAGCUACCUCAAGGCCAAAAAGACCAAGGCCAACGCACUUGGUCAGGCUGGAAACUGGGAGGAGUCGGUCCGAGAGUGGAAGGCGAUUCAGGAGGCUGACCCUGAAGACCGCACUAUUCCAAAAGAGGUUCGCAGAGCAGAACUUGAGCUGAAGAAGAGCCUACGGAAGGACUACUACAAGAUUUUAGGUGUGGAGAAGGACUGCGGGCCUGAUGAUGUCAAAAAGGCCUACCGUAAGAUGGCCAUCAAGCUUCACCCUGACAAGAACCUGGACGAUCCAGAUGCCGAAGCCAAGUUCAAGGACCUGUCAGAAGCCUAUGAAACCUUGAGCGAUCCUCAGAAGAAGGCUGCCUACGACAAUGGCGACGACCUCAUGGACCCUGCAGACAUGUUUGGUGGUGGGGGUAUGGGUGGCAUGGGCGGAAUUGACCCCGAGAUUCUUUUUAGUAUGAUGGGCAACCAGGGCGGUUUUGGCGGAGGCGGCUUUCGAUCCGCCGGAGGAUUCCCUGGUGGUGCAGGAGGCUUCCCAGGCGGUGCUCAGUUCAACUUUGCCAACGCCGGCGGUGGCCGAUCCCGGGGCGGCCAGUUUCCCUUCCAGUGA